AGUGCUGUUGACGAUUGUGGCUAGGCGAGUAGCAAUACAAAGCGUUCUUUGCAGCAAACAGGUUCACGUGUUAAUUUCUAUAUCAACAGGUUAUGGGCCCAGCUGUACGCACAGCUAACAGCUACUCUGUCUGAACAAUUAUUUUUUUUGUGUGUGUCCCCGGCUAACUGUUCCCAAGAAAUUAGAAAUUCUUUUCUGGAGUGAUGGAGAAAGAUGGCCGCCGCCAUGUUGUAUGGUGUCUGAAUGGGAAAAACUACGCGUCUUGGAAAUUUGGAAUGAAGCUGGCGUUACAAAGUGUUGAGCUUUGGGAAGUCGUGAACGGGACUCAACGGCAACCUGCUGAAAGACGCAAUGCUGACCAGGUGAUUGAAAAUGCAGCUGAUAUAACCAACUGGAACAAGAGAAAUACCACGGCAAUGCAGAACAUAUUUGGCGCCAUCAAAGAAGACCAAUCAAGGAUCCUGAUGUCUUGUAGCACAGCCCAAGAGAUGUGGAUGAAAUUGGAGACUGAGUAUGAAGAAGAUGCCGCAGACAAUGCACCUCUAUUGUGGACAAAGUUCUAUGGAUGCACAUUUCGACCAAGCCAAAGUGUAUCAAGCUUCCUGACUGAGUUGGAACAGAUAGCAUUCCGUCUGAAGAGCCUCAACAUAGCUAUUGAUGAUAAUCAAAUAAUGGCAAAGAUACUCAUGUCGCUUCCUCCAGAGUUCCGUGUUUUUGCCUUUGCAUGGGACAGCACGCCUGUUGCAGAGAAAACUCUCAAGAAACUGACUACUCGCCUUAUAGCAUUGGACAAGAGCCUGCGCAACGACGAAGAAGCAAAAUCGACAUCUGAUACUGCCUAUCUCAGUAAGCCGAACAGAGAUGAAUCACAGCACAAAGAGCAAGCACUUCCUGCCCAGUACGGUCAGAACAAAGGAAAAAGCCACCCUUCCAGUCAACAUGCUGGUAUACCGAGAACAUGCUGGGAGUGCAACUCCACUACGCAUGUUAGAGCUCAAUGCCGUCAAUACAAACGCCGGCGUGAGAGAGAAGGAGAAGAAGCGGACAGAAAAAGGAAGCGUUACGAUCGACAUGACAGAAGAGAUGAUAAACUAUGUAAGCUCCCAGGAGCAACUGGCCGAUGCACUCACGAAACCCCUGGCUGCUCCACGCUUCAAGUAUCUCCGUGACAAGAUUGGCGUUCGGGGUGUAGGGGAGGUGUAACUGAAGAGUUAAAGGAGGCUGAUAUUUCUUUUCUUAUUAUUUGUCUUGUGACACUGAACCUAGUAUUUAUGUCUGAUUCAAAUAUGCUGUGUAUUCUGUGCUCAUGUUUAUUUUUGGGGGUCCAGUUUGAGGGGAGGUGUUGAGUAUAAAAGAUAAACAAACUGGACAGUGCGGCAACGCAGGAUAGCCAGGAAAGAAGAGAGGGGGAGAAGGACCUACCCAGACAAAGGAAUAAGAGAGGGGGACUCAGUGCUGUUGACGAUUGUGGCUAGGCGAGUAGCAAUACAAAGCGUUCUUUGCAGCAAACAGGUUCACGUGUUAAUUUCUAUAUCAACAGUGUUGAGGAAGGGAGAACUUUGGUGAGUUUGAUCCGACUGUGUCUUACUCGUUGACAAAACUGUUGAUGGUGGUGACGGUGGACUCGGUUAUUUAUACGCGAAGCCAUAUGGCUCUGACGAGAAGGGGAUACGUGCACAGCAGUGGAAAUUUAUGGUGCGAAUCGAGAGUCCUAGGAAUAAACGUAAUCACGGGAUAUAACCUCCUAUACAGGGGCAAGUAUAGUUUUCUUGAAAUCCACUUUCUCCGCAACUCCAACAGUAUUUUUUUUGUUUUUCGGUGUUGCCUUGUCCCCUGUUUGCCUUGACGACACCAUUUCGGGCAUGCGUGCAUAAUGUCUUUUCUGCACAUCUUCGUCGAAUGCCAAUUCAAUCGUGUUUCUUUUCAGUCUAAAUGAUAAGAAGAGUGACAGUGACAAGUGACAGCUACCAUAUUCAUAUGCGUACGCUUUUACCGAGCGGAGAGAUGUGAAUGUAGAAUGGGAUUAUUAUCUCGAGUUCGUGUUUCUGUUUUACCUUCCAUUGUUUCUUUUCCAUUGUUAUUUUUUUAAAUUAAUUAAGCCCUAACCAAUUUAAUUCGUUUUGUGGUUGAAUUUGAUUAGCAAAUUCUCAUUUGAGCGACACUAUUACCAAUUAGUUUAAUGUAGUUUCAUCACUUCGUCGUGGUUGUUUGUGGCAUAUUAUCUGAAUUUUCAUUCAUCAUCAAAGCAUAGCAACAAACAAAACAACAUUUAAAAACCAGCUGGACCUCUCAUAUAGUGGUUGAGAAAGAGGUUUACGUUGGGCGCCUCUGGGCAGGCCACAUAUCUACUGUGCCAACUUUCCCUUCGAAAUUUAUAUCUUAGUAGGUUACGCGCAGGACAGAAUAGUGAACCGGUUCGUCACCUUUACCAAGGAUUAUUGUCAAAUCAAGUGACAUUUACAAUUAAUCUCCUGUUUCAUUCUUAUUCUACGUAUUUCUCUCAUUUUAUUCGACGCCAGAAAAAUUAUACUCGCGUAGAAAACAAGAAAUUAAUUUCGGUAUAAACAUUUAGUAUCAUUACUAUUUAUUUAUCUGAUUUGUGUAUAGAAACAACGAUUUGGCCAAUUUUGAAACAAUCAUCAGUGUGAACGAACGGUAGAGUAGUAAAUUCAACACCUGUAAAACUAUAUAGAAAGAAAAUAUUAAUUCAUAACGGAAACAGGAAGGACUCUUGGCACGCUUCUGACACCCUGCAUCGAA